AUGACAAUUCAAGUUGUUAGUCGUGUAAAAAUAUCAUCGAAUGAUAUAUCAACUGGUUAUUAUUAUCCAAAUCGAGCACCGCUUCAACCAGUACCAUUUCAAAAGCUUCCACCUGGUUCAAUAAAACCUGAUGGUUGGUUACUUGGUCAACUGAGAUUACAAAUAAAUGGUUUAAAUGGAAAACUUUCGGAUAUAUCCGAUUAUCUUGUUUACGAACAAUGUGGUUGGACUGAUCCAACAAAAGUAGGUUGGGAAGAAUUACCAUAUUGGUUACGAGGAUUUGCUGAUCUAGGUUUUGUAACUGGUGAUCAAGAUACAUUAAAAUUAGCAAAUCGUUGGAUUGAUGGUAUUUUAAGUAGUCAACAAUCGGAUGGAUGGUUUGGUCCAAAUAAUUUACGUACAUCACUUGAUGGCCUUCCUGAUUUUUGGCCAGCAAUGCCAUUACUGAAUGUUUUUCGUUCGUUUUAUGAAUAUACAAAUGAUACACGUGUUAUUCCAUUUCUUUUGAAAUAUUUUCAAUUCGUAAAUGAACAACCAGUUGCUGUAUAUAUGCGAGGUUGGGGCGCUGUUAGAUGGGCUGAUAAUAUUGAUACAAUUAUUUGGUUAUAUAAUCGAACAACUGAUACAAAUUGGUUACUUGAUUUAAUUAAAAAAAUUCAUUUAAAUUCACCUGAUUGGAUUAGUGGUUUACCAACAUGGCAUAAUGUAAAUAUUGCACAAGGAUUUCGUGAACCAGCACUUUAUUCACUUGUUGCUAAUCCACCUGAUUCUCGUUAUUUACAAGCUAGCUAUGAUGAUUAUGAAACUGUAAUGAAUAAAUAUGGACAAUUUCCAGGUGGAGGUUUUGCUGGAGAUGAAAAUUGUCGAGAAGGUUAUGGUGAUCCUCGACAAGGUAUUGAAACAUGUGGUAUUGUUGAAUUAAUGAAUAGUUUUCAAAUUCUUACAAGAAUUACAGGUGAUGGUACAUGGAUUGAUCGAAGUGAAACAUUAGCAUUUAAUUCUUUACCAGCUGCAUUUGAUCCUUUUGUUGCACGUGGUACACAUUAUAUAACAUGUGCAAAUUGUAUUCAACUCGAUGAUCAAGUUAAAAGUCAACAACAAUUUCAAAAUAAUUUUGCCAUGCUUUCAUAUAAACCAGAAGUUCAUCAAUAUCGUUGUUGUACACAUAAUUAUGGCAUGGGAUGGCCAUAUUAUGCUGAAGAAGCAUGGUUAGCUACUUAUGAUGGUGGUCUAUGUGCUUCAUUAUAUGUAUCAAGUCAAGUAACAGCAUUUGUUGGUACAAAUAAUCGUAGUCAAGUAACAAUUAUUGAAGAAACAGAUUAUCCAUUUGAUGGAAAAGUCGAAUUUCGUUUUCAAUUAACAACAUCAACACAAUUUAAACUUUAUUUACGAAUACCACGUUGGUGUCGUAAAGCACCAACACUUUCAUUAAAUGGAGAUGUUAUAUUUAAUGAAAAAACACCAAAUGAUGGUUCAUAUCUUAUUCUUGAUCGUCUUUGGGUCAAUGAUGAUAUUUUAUCAUUUACAAUACCAUUACAAUUAAAUACAAAAACUUGGACAUCGAAUCAUAAUGCAGUUUCAAUUAGUUAUGGUCCUCUAACAUUUUCAUUAGCUAUCAAUGAACAAUAUAAUCGUAUUGGUGGUACAGAUGAUUGGCCUGAAUAUGAAGUUAUAUCAAAAUCAAAUUGGAAUUAUGGUUUAGAUCUAUCACGUACAAAUGAAUGGUUAAUUAAACGUCAUAAGAAGAAAAUUGGAUGUGAAAAUCCUUUUACAAGAAAUAAUAUUCCAUUAAAUAUUGAAGUUCGUGGUCGUCGUAUACCGGAAUGGAAAGCAGAUAGUCAAAAUGUAAUUGGAUUAUUACCACAAUCACCUGUUAAAAGUCAAGAACCCGAUGAAAUGCUUACAUUAAUACCAAUGGGUGCAGCACGACUUCGUAUUACUGCAUUUCCUACAAUUGCUCAAUGA